UGACCGUUCAUCGUCUAAGCUCAUCUUCCACCGUUCAUCACCUCCAUCCAUUUCGUUCAGCCGUUCAGGUUUCCCUAGCAUCUUCCCUAGAGAACUGAACAUCAACCGUAUCCAUUACUUUCAUCUAUCUAUCCAAUCUACGUCUUCAACCGGACCUCCGCCUCAUAAAGAGGUUCAGAUUUCACCCGAUAAUGUCGUCCAACUGUCCAAGAUUCCAGUUUUCCCAGCCUUCUCUAGGAACACUCACUUCCGAUGUUCCCCUGCGUGGCCAUCCUAUCCAUGGCGUAUAUAUCAGCAACCUUCUCCUGGCCAUUACACGCAUCCAUGGCUUCCAGAUUCAUCCAGGUACAUACUAAACUCAGCCCAACUGCACCUAAAACUCAGCCAAUCUCUUAAUGCAGCAAGGUUUGAGAAUUACCCCAACAGGCAAUACUCUUUUCAAAUAGUUGGUAUUCUGAAUAGCAGAUGUGAUAUCCAACAUUCAAACUCUUUUAUAAUGGAGAAGAGGUUGUACAUUAGCAAGGUAACUUUUCUUUUUCUAAUGAUCUUAUCAACAUUCUCAUACCAUGUGUACUUUUGGUGGUUCUACUCUCUAUUUUUGUAUCUGGUUGUUAGUGAUCAAUAUAGUUCCAGUAUAAGUAAUAAAAUAACAGUUACUCUUAUUCCAUCCAAUCCAUAUUUUAUGUUACAUUUAGCUCAACAUGUAUAUUAAGAAAACAAAGAAGCGGUUAAUUAUUUUUCCACUGUAACCUUAUCUAAAGAAGAAAAAUAUGGUCCACCAAGUGAAAAUGUUGAGAUGGAUAAAAUAUUAAAAGGGUAGAAUAAGAAGUCAAUAGUAAACUUUCAGAAAGUUAAAAGUAACCAUGUGCUAAAUUUCAAAGCAAAUCGCAUCUGAUUAAAAGAAAUAAAACAUUCAAUUGUUUUUUUGUGUUUCAUAAAAGCAUUAAGUAAUUACUAUUCUCUUAUUUCUGUGUCCAAAGUGCAUCAACAUCAGAACAAACGGUGUUGGAACACGGUGCGUCAGUGCACCCUCCUAAUUUGGUUUGUUUAUCCUCUAUUGCUUCUUUGCUAAUUAUUUUGAUGCUUAAAAAUCAAACCCACGAGGAUCUUCCUAAGAAUCAAAGGAAUAUGAAUUCAUCAACUUAUUCAACUCUAAUGAUAGCUUUAAUGGAAUCCCACGAGGAAGACCAGUCAUAGAGGGACGAAAAGGGCAGAUUAUUCAAUUGGACAAAGUAAGCUUAAAUUUUCAUCCUCUUCUUCACCCUGAAAGUGUAUAUGAGAUUAAAGACAUUUCAGAUUUUUAAUUUUAAAUCAAUACUUCACAGCCUGCUUGGGAGCCGAGGGUUUGAUCAAAUAUGUGAUAUUGAGAGAUUCUUUUUGUGUUUGUACCUAAAAGUGAAGCACCGAUUGUUGCUUUUAUAUACCUUUUCUUCAGAUUUGCUUGAGUAAAAAAUCUAUAGUUUCCAACUUUUCAUGUAUCCUAAUAAAGCUUCAUAAUUCACUGAUGAUAACUUUGGUUAAUAUUGUCAUGUUGCUACUACUCCAGAUCAAGUACUUUAUGUCAUAAUGAAGCUGCGCGCUGAAAGUGUUAAUGUUAUUGAUUUGAUUAGUUAUAAUAGCGGUCAAGUAAUUGAACAUUGGUAUCUUUUUAAUACAGAAUAGCAUUAUUUCCUUAUCACACAUUCACACCCGUGGUCUGCUGCUUUUUUAUUAUUAUUUAUUAUCUUGAUAUGGAUAUAGGUGUAUCUUUUAGGAGCAUUUCUUUUCUUUGAAUUUAGGCUCCAGGUAGAUGUUGGCCGGCAUGUUUCAUAUACUAACUCUAACUCUGCCGUUAUUUACAUGCAGCGUACUGAGAUUUCAUGAAGUAAUUAAUGUAUUAGAUUAAUGAUAAUAAUUUCUUCGUUUGUUAGAUUGAAAUAAAGUAAGUAAAAAUUUCAUGUUACAAUGUAAUAUAUUGUAUGGAGCAUAUGAAAUAUGUGCAUUGAUUUUGAUUUACGUUUUCAAGGAAACACUUAUGG